AUGACAACAGCUGCUCCAACCACAACCACAGUUGUCCCAACCACAACAGCAGCUCCAACCACUACAACAGCUGUCCCAACCACAACUACAGCAACUCCAACCACAAUUACAGCAACUCCAACCACAACUACAGCAACUCCAACCACAACAACAGCUACUCCAACCCCAACAACAGCUGUCCCAACCACAACAAGAGGUGCUCCAACCACAACAGUGGCUGCUUCAACCACAACCAGCAUGGCUCCAACCACAACCACUGCGGCUCCAACCACAACCACACUGGCUGCUUCAACCAAAACCAGCACGGCUCCAACCACAACCACCGCGGCUCCAACCACAACCCAUCGGCUGCUCGAACCACAACAACACUGUCCCAACCACAACUACAGGUGCUACAACCACAACAACAGCAGCUCCAACCACAACAACAGCUGUCCCAAGCACAAAUACAGGUGCUACAACCACAACAACAGCAGUUCCAACCACAGCAACGGCUGCUCCAACCACAAUAGCUGCACCAACCACAACAACAUUGGCGGCUCCAACCACAUCAACAGUUGCUCCAACCGCAACCACCGCGUCUCCAACCACAACCACAGCGCGGCUCCAACCACAACAACACCUCUCCCAACCACAGCAACAGCUGCUCCAGCCACGACAACAGUUCCUCCAACCACAACAACGGCUGCUGCCAUGACGACAACGGCUGCUUCAUCCACCACAACGGCGGCUCAAGCCACAACAACAGCUGCUCCAACCACAAAAACGCCACAACAACACCUGCUCCAACCACAACAACGGCUGCUGCCAUGA